AUGACGUCCGUAUCCUCCAGAGGGACGCCUCACUCGCCCCUCGACAUCGAGACCGCCGCCGACGCGGACGACACAUGGCAACACCUCGACAUGAAUUCGUACGCGUCCUCGGUCGGCAUCGUUCACAGCCCGGCCAGCGGUAGUCUCAAUGGCUACGCCGUCGUGGGCCAUUUCGCCGGCUCGGACCAUGCGGGUCUGUCUCCGCUAAACCUCGAUCAACUUGACCAAGCCGCCUACUCCGCCCCGGGAUUCCCUGAUCAGACGGAGGCCUUCGCUCCCGCUCCGUCGGCGGAUGGUCAAUUUGUUGCCGGCGGGCAGAAUCCCGACAUUCUGACGCCUCAACAGUAUCUCUUUUCACAGCAGGAUCUGAACGGCUUGGAGACUUUCAAUCAACAGCAAGAUAUCGAUCUCGAGCUGGACUUUUCACAGUCCUUUCAGCCCAAUGCCAACCCGGCCCCUUGGAACCCUGCGAAUCUCAAAGUCGACAAUGGCAGCUCUAUGUUCGUCACGGAUGACCUCUCGUCGUCACAGGGCUCUGCCUUUGCCAGCCCAAAUCAUUCAAGCCCGACCUCGCCUGACAUCAAGCCAGAAGGCGACAAGUCUUCGUCAUCGAGCCCUAUCCGCAAAGUUAUAACCGGCAAGGUCGAGAAGAAGAAGACAUCGGAGCCGUCUAGCAAGUUUGUCAUCAUGACGCCCAAUUCCAUUACCGCACGCGCCGGGCAGGCCAACCUCUACGACUGUUUCGACACCAUGCGAACGAAUCCCCGCGGCCGCAAGGGACCUCUCGCCGAUGCCACAAAGCAGAACGCUCUUCAGGUCCGUCGCCUUGGGGCCUGCUUCUGCUGUCACAGCCGCAAGGUCAAGUGCGACAAGGAGAGGCCUUGCAAGAACUGCAAGAAGCUCGCGGCCCAGGUGCCGCAAGUCAUUUGCUGGCAGUUCUCUGACUUUCUGACCGUGUUGUUCCCCGAGUUUACCCGAGCGCACUUUCGCAAGGAUCAGAUGUCAAGUUUCAUGAAGGAGAACGUCCAGCUCGAUGGAAUGGAGGAGCUUGCACCAAGGGAGUUUGAGCUCUUCUCCGGCCUGACCCCGACGCUCAAAGUCCGGGCCAAAUUCUUCACACCCAUCACCGACGACGUCCAACAGCACUACCAUCUACAUGUGGGCAAGGACAGGGUUGAUCUGCAGGCAAGAGGAACUGCGCCGAUGGUGUUGGAACUAGAUUCUGCCGCUCAGAGAGACGCAUUGAGGAAGAAGGCCAAGGAAUACAUUGCUGCCAUUUCGUCUGAGCCUGGGUACGCACAACGGGUGACAGAAUCGAUUCGACAUACCGAUCUGCCAAAGAGGAUUUUGGACGUGGUGCAAAACUAUGCCAGCAAGUCUGAGUCAACAAUUGUCAAAAAGGCUCUCGCGAUAUAUAGCGCCCACUUCAUCAUGACGCGACACCUCUGCAUCACCAGGCCAAGCGUCAUGAGCCUCCAAGACUCCGGUCUUGUACCGCAGGCGGUGCCGUGGGUGACGCCUCGCGUGGUGAACAGACAGAUCAAGGCCGUUAUUGACGAUCUGCUGCUGCGCGACAUGCAACAACUUUUCGAAAACUUCUCCAAAUCCCUCAAGCCCAAAUCACGACGAGAGUGGGCGCCGUGCACCGCUGCUUUCCUGGUUCUCUGCCUGUUCAUGGAGUCUGUUGAAACGGCAGCCGACACCUUCGUGGUUGCGCUCAACGAGAUCAGUCUGCGCAACCACACGACGCCAGAAUACAAGCGAGAGGAUGCUCUCAAUAUCAACAAGGAAGUCGAGAACAUGCCGUUCAAGCAGUUUGCGUACCAGUUUCAUCAGAUCUACCAGACGCACAGCCGGGAUGCGUCGACCAAACCAUUCAACCCGUUGGUGGACGAUUCAUGGCUUCAGCAGGGCGAAAUGGACGCCCCCGCCAUGGAGAUGGUCAUGCGUCUCAGGGAAUUUUUCUCGGGCGAAAAUUACAUCGAGCUCGACUUCUUGACGAUGGACCCGAUCCUGCCCAACGGCAACGGCGAAGCACACCCUUUCCCCCGCGACGUAUCCGUGAACUACACCGGCCGCAUGGUAGCCAAGUUCCUCUUGUCAUUCUUGGACGAGAAGUACAUCUUUGGCGAGAGCACUUUCUAG